CACUCCUCUUUCGAAUCUCCUCAUAAAACUCUCCUUAGACUAUAUAUAUACCCCAUAGAGAAUACUCCCCUCAUCAACACAAGGGCACUCAAACAUUCUCUUAGCUUUUUAACUUCUUCACACCCCCAAAAUGGCCAAGCUUUCCCUUUUCACCACCAACACACUCAAAGGCAUCACCUGUCUCUUGCUUCUAGCGAUCACCAUUGGCUGCGCCACCUCAGCUAGAAUCCUUGACGAAGUGGACCCACAACCACCUAUCCUCCCAUACCCACCCCAAUCAGCCAAUCCUGCAGCAACAAUUGUCCCAAUUUUAACUCCACAGGUUGGUCCCACUGCAGCAUUACCAAGUGGUCAAAUCCCUGCCACCACGGUGGCUGAUGAUGAUGUUGAUGUUGAUGUGGCACCGGUAGCUAGUCCAGAUGUUGAGCCAGACAUUGACUCACCACAACCCGAACCAGAAGAACCUGAUUCGCCGCAACCCGAACCAGAAGAACCUGAUGCUGUGCCAACCCCUGCUGAUGUGGCUCCUGUGGCUGGUCCUGCCAUCACAUCACCAACUGGCCCAGUUGCCCCUGUGGCUGCCACCGCCACUGCCACAGUGGCAAAACCUGGUGGCCCACAAGCUCCUGGGUUGACUUUUUUCAUGCACGACAUCCUAGGUGGCACACACCCAUCAGCCAGGGUGGUCACUGGGAUCAUAGCCAAUACCCAAAUCAACGGCCUCCCUUUCACCAUACCCAACAACAACAUCUUCCCAGUCAGCGGUGGGGUCCCACUGAGCGACGCAAACCUCAACGGUAUCCUCAACAACAACAACCUGCCCUUCCUCGCUGGCCUCAACGGCGUUGGCCCCCAAGCCUCCACUGUCCUCCAAAACAGCGGCAACAACAACAUCGUUAACGGCGGAAACAACCUGCCUUUCGUCACCGCCGGUCAGUUGCCAUCCGGUGCCACGCUCCAGAAGCUACUGUUUGGGUCGCUGACGGUGAUCGACGACGAAUUGACGGAGGGUCACAUGCUGGGUUCCGCUGUGGUUGGCAAAGCGCAAGGGUUUUACUUGGCGAGCUCGUUGGACGGGACGAGCCAGACGAUGGCAGUGACUGUGUUGCUGCACGGUGCUGGUGGUGGCGAUCACCAUCAAGAGGUGGUGGAGGAUACGGUCAGCUUCUUCGGGGUGCAUCGGACGGCGUCGCCGGAGUCUCAGAUUACGGUGGUUGGUGGGACCGGGAAGUAUGAGAACGCCAAAGGGUAUGCUACGGUGGAGACGCUUCAUCCGGAGGAUCAGCACACAACGGACGGCGUGGACACGAUCCUGCAGUUCAGUGUUUACCUUUAUGAGUAGCGAGUGUUUGUGCUUUUGGGUUGGGUAAUUAUGAUUUACCUGGUCAUUCUAGUGGGUGUGCCUUUUUCAGUAUCUGUUUGACGUAUCUUUCUAUCAUGUGAAAUUUGAAUGAUAAUAAUGUUGUUUAUAUUAA